CAGCCCCCGAAGUGAGCAGGGAAGCAUUCUCUCUAGCAGCCUGGACCAACGGGAAGUUGCGAGUCGCGGGGCAAGCACAGCCGGCCACUUGGAGAGUUUUUGCCGCUGUCCCAGAGCCACCUAGGCCAACUUCGCGGCGUUGCCCCGCAGCGGCAGAGGAGGCUGCUGCAGAGCAGAGGCGGCCAGCAGGCGUGGGGCCGGCUGCCAGCAGCACUGCUGGGGCGCGCACCCUCCAGUGGUCCGGGAGCCACGCGAACUCCGUGCCCGCACGCUCCAGCCCCAGCUCGCGCCUUUCUCAGUGUCCCGGGUGCCCCACUUCUCUGUCCCUCUUCAGGGCCACUGCAGACCAAGUUGCAACAUGAAUCUGCGACUCUGCGUGCAGGCGCUGCUGCUGCUCUGGCUCUCCUUGACUGCGGUUUGUGGAGUGCCACUGAUGCUGCCUCCAGACGGGAAGGGGCUAGAAGAAGGCAACAUGCGCUACUUGGUGCAGCCCAGAGCUUCGAGGACUGGACCCGGGCCCUGGCAGGGAGGCAGGAGGAAAUUCCGCAGACAGCGCCCCCGUCUCUCCCAUAAGGGCCCCAUGCCUUUCUGAAUCAGGAUUGAAGGGCUCACCACCUCUCGCCUGGUGCUGUUCUCCCUACUCCACAAAUUCGUUCUCUUCUCUGGAACCUUCGCAUCCAUUUGGCUCUCAUCUUGCACCUGUUAUAGCUGCCAAUGGUCCGGCUCUUCUCACCCACCAAGUUCCUCUAAUGGCAUGGUCCUGCCCCUCAUUUGGAUGAUUCCAUUUCUCUCACAAGGAUCCAAUUGGCCCAUCUCCCUGGCCACUCCUUGGACUGCCAUUGGAGACCCAGCUUCCCCUCGACCUAGUUCUAGUCCCUAUCAAUUGGUCUUAGCCUUCCCUUGCCCCUUCCCUCUUCCCAUUAUCUCGGAAAAUGGACAGGAGCACUCCCUUCUUCAAUGGACUCCUUCAUUCCUUCAAAGCGCAUUCGUGCUUUCUUAUCCAUUGGACUUCUCACUUAGGAGUACAGAGAUGUGCAAUGAUACACUUUGGUUGAGAGGGAUUGGGUAUUAGAAUCGGGAGAAGGUGCAUUGGGGACACUGAAAUGUGGGUGAGCACGGUGAAGGGGUGAGGAGAAAGCGCUGCCACGGCUUCUUUCUCAGCUCUGUCUGGCCCUGUCAAGGAAAAGGCAAAGGAGAGGGACCCAUGAAGUAUUUUGUCCUCGUCCUUUCUGCUCUCUGUCGCAGCCAGUUCAGUCUCCAGGUCAGAAGGGGAGAGUGUUGAGCCCGAUAUGGUUCCAUACUCUCCUGGGAGUAAAAGCUAACUAAGAAGGAUAGUUGUUUUUGCCAAAAAAUAAAAAAAUAAAAAAAAAAAUCACCGAGAAUCAGAGCCCAAAGGACCCUUGAAGAUCACUUGCACAAACAGAGGCUCCUGAGAGGGGAGUCUCAAUGGGGACCAGGUCUCCAAUCUCCCACUUUGUGAUGUCCGUUUUCCUCUUGAUGAUGUCCUUUCAUAGCAAAUGAAGUGCCUUUGACUGGGUUUAGUGCAGAGGGUGGCUGGGCAGGAUGGGGAGGGAGAGGCAAGCCAGCUAUGAACUGCCCUGUGUGAGCAUAGAGCUUCCCGCUCCCGACCUGUCCUGGAAUAUUCCGUAAGUGGUGAGAUGUACCCCACACAGGUGAGGUCCCAGCCACACACCCAGGCUCAAGCUACUUUAAUUGGGGUUCUCAGGCACUGAAACUACCAUUUAGCCCCUGACACUGGCUGUCAUGAUCUCCUAUGUUGACUGGGCCCUUGUUCUUGUGGCUUUGGGGGGGGCAUGUCAGAGUGGAGAAAGGGGAAGAAAGGAAGGAGAGAAGGAAGAAAGGAGGAGAGAUGGGAGGAUGUGAAGGUAGGGUCCAUCACUCCACCAAGAGGCCCCGUCUCUUGCCAGGAGUCCUUUGCAGCCCUUCCUUGAAGGGAGACCCUCAUCGUUUGCCUGAGCAGAUGGUCUUCUCAGAGGCCUCCCAGGAGGGAGAAAAGAGAAGACAGAAGCUUGGUAUUCACUUACGUAUGUGUAGGGCAGGGGAAGUCAGGACCCCCAAGCCCUAUAGUAACCCUAAGAUUGCCUAUCCAUCCCUCCCCAAAGCCUUUCCUUCCCAUCUGCUGCUGCUAAUGCUGCUGCUGCCACCACUGCUGCCGCUUCAAAGCCCACCCUGGGGAGCUGGGCCAGGCAUAGCGUCCUCACCCCCUGGGCUUGAAGUGGGGAGCUGGCUGGUGCCUCUUCUACUGCUGGUACCCCUACCAGGGACCAGGCCUUUUUCCUCUUUGUCGUUUCUACAUCUCCUGCCUUAUCAGCCUGCCAUGCCCAGCCCCACAGGGAAGGGGAGAGAAGAUGACAAUGAUGGCUGAGAAAGAAGGGAGACAGCAACAGAAGAGAGGAAUAAGUGGGCCUGGUGGGCUGUUAUUUAAAGUGGUUGUGUAUGAUUCUUAUACUAAUUUAUAUAAAGAUAUUAAGGCCUUUUGCGUAAAAAUAAAAACUGUCCCCUUCCCUUAACUGUGUCCACUGUAUUUGUAAAGAUUGUUCUGUGUAAAUAUGUCUUUAUAAUAAAGAGUUCAAAGCUGACAGUUUGCCCUUACUCUUUGAGGUCAUACUCAGGAGGGGCCUUUCUCUCCCUCAAUGGGCCAUGCUUGUCGCUGUGCCCACAGUUUGCACGUGUAGGAGGGAAGUGCUUGCAUCCCCGACUGGUUCUAGGUCAGCUGGCCUCAAACUGAUUUGCCGCAAGCUCACAAAAGGACUCUCUAUGUUUAAGGGCCAGUUCACAUAAAUUUGAGCCCCUUUUAAGUCCUCUGGCAUCUGUUCGAAUGUCCUCAUUCUCCUGGCAGUGUAGGGUCGAGGAUUCUUUUUUCAGAAGCAAUUCAUUUAAGGACAUGUUGAUCAAAGGUUGGAUUUGUACUAAACAUUUUGUAUCCCUGGUGGGUGUCUACUGUUUUAUCUGCUUUUGAAUACUUUCAGGACUUUUCAGCCAGUUUGCCUUUCUUGAAAAAUGUUGUUUCCAGCCACAAAUACAUUUGGUAAUGACUUUGUAUGUUUCAUUUUAUGUUUCACAAAGUGGAGUUGCUUGAUGAAUGAGAUAGCCUGGAA